CUCUCUCUCUCUCUCUCUCUCUCUCUCUCUCAUAAAACACAUUUUUCAAAUCCUUUAUUUUUCUCUCUCUUUGAAGAACACCCAAUAAAACAAAAACAAAAAAGAUUGAAUUUUGAUCAAACCCAAUAAGACCCACAUGAUGAAAAACUCAAUUCCAUGGCAAACAAUCAUAGUAGUGAUUUCAUGGUACACUUCAAACAUUGGGGUGCUUAUUAUGAACAAGUACUUACUAACAAACUAUGGUUACAAAUACCCUGUUUUUCUCACCAUGUGUCACAUGAUGUUGUGUUCUGUUUUUAGUUAUGUUGCAAUUUCUGUUUUGGAUAUUGUUCCUUUGCAAAGUGUUCAAUCCAAGAAUCAAUUGUUCAAAAUAUGUGGUUUGAGUGUCGUUUUUUGUUUCUCUGUCGUUUGUGGGAAUGUGUCGCUUAAUUAUAUUCCUGUGUCGUUUAAUCAAGCUAUUGGAGCUACGACACCUUUUUUCACUGCCGUUUUUGCUUAUGUUGUGAGUAGAAAAAGAGAAGCUUGGGUUACUUAUGGUACCCUUUUGCCUGUUGUUGCUGGUGUCAUCAUUGCUAGUGGGGGUGAACCAAGUUUUCAUCUAUUUGGAUUUAUAAUCUGUGUUUUAUCAACGGCUGCCAGAGCAUUCAAAUCCGUGCUUCAAGCUAUUUUGUUGUCUUCGGAAGGAGAAAAAUUGAAUUCUAAGAACCUGCUGCUUUAUAUGGCACCUAUAGCAAUGUUGGUGUUACUUCCAGCAACAUUGUUGAUGGAAGGAAACGUGAUUCGGAUCACUGUAGAGCUUGCAAGAGAGGAUAUCAGAAUUAUUUGGUAUCUGAUUUUGAGUUCUUCUCUUGCUUAUUUUGUGAAUCUCACUAACUUUUUGGUCACCAAAUAUACAAGUGCACUUACCCUUCAGGUGUUAGGAAAUGCAAAAGGGGCAGUUGCUGUGGUGAUCUCAAUUUUGAUAUUUCAAAAUCCUAUUUCAAUGAUAGGAAUGUGUGGUUAUGUACUCACUAUCAUUGGAGUUAUACUAUAUAGUGAAACCAAGAAGAGAUAUACUUGAAACUUGUAAAAUUAACAACACCACAUGCAAGAGGACAAACAAAUUCAAUGAGUUUGUCGCAACAAAUCCAACCUCGUUUUUUAGGACAUUUCGAAUACCAUGUAUGUUGAGCAAUCUUUUAAAGAGUAUCGAAGUUGAAAAUCAAAACAUUUGAAUUACAAAACCACAAUGAUCUUUAUGUCACUUGGUGAGAGUCAUGUGUAAUUCAAUUCUAAGGUAUGCGAGUCUUUAGUCUCACGUCACAUAAAAAUAACUUCAUUAAAUUUUAUUAUUUGUAGUAUAUUUGAAAUAUUGGUUGUACGGUGAAAAUUACAAUUUCAAAUAUGUAACAAUAGAAACAACAUAAUAGUUGCUCAUGCAAUAAACAAUUAUUUAAUUGUUUAUCAA